AUGGCAGCAUGUUUUGUGGCCGGUGAUAGCGACCUGAAAAGACGACGGUUCCAAGUUUUGCAUCUUUCCGCCUACGGACGGUACGGUACAGUACAGUUUAGUCAGUGUUCUGUGCACCAUGCUACGCUGUACUCGUACAGUACCAGGUACCUGCUACCUGUAACCAACAAAAAAGAGAGCAGGUAUACCUGCGGUGAAACAGCAAGCUGCCCAACAACAACAUUUUCACAAGAUGCUAAAAGCAACAUUGGUUCGCUUUCCCUCUCCCAAGUACUUGCCCCCUGCUUGGACAGCAAUAGCCUUGCCAUAGUUGUCCUCAGAGACACCCCUACCAGUUUGGUUUAG